CAUAUGCCAUGGUAUAAUCAACAAACCGAGUAUCACGAGCAACAGGAAGAGGACUGUCGCAGACAGUACCAGAGUGCACGGGAGAGAGGGCAUAACCGUAAAGCUCAAACCAAGGAUGAAAACUAAGCCGGGAGAACCAAGCAUCGUCAUCAGGAAAUCGCACCGAUGCUCCGUCGUCGAGCAUGCAUAAAUGUCACGCAAAUCCUCCACGGAGGGUGGCUUUGCCAGAGAAGGAGAAUAGCAACAGUGUGGAACCAGCAAAAUCCAAACCAAACGGCUCGAAUCGAAUCGAAUCCAAUCGAUCGAUCAUGGCCUCCGCCUCCCCCUCCGCCUCCGUGCCCGAGGUGGAGUCGAUGAUGGUGCAGGUGGCGCUCGAGUGCGGCGGCGACAUCUCAGCCUCCCAGGAGUACAUCCUCGCCAACUCCUCCUUCCUCGGCGGUGACAACGACCUCUCCGCCGCCGCCGCCCAUGAGAAGAAGAAGAAGAAGAAGGGGGAGGAAGAGGAGGAGGAGGUCUUCUCCACCCCUCCUCUCACCCAACAAGACCCAAUCACCAUGUGCACCCUCCCCUUCACCCCGUCCCAGUCUCCCUCUGACAAGGACGACGACGACGACCUGCCGCUCGUCAAGCCACGGCGGAGGCCUAGGGUUUGCGUCAGGAAGGUCAGGGGCGCCAGGAUCAGGACCCCGACCCCGAGCCCCAAGCAACAACAGCAACCUCAAGAGCAGCUCCAUGUCGAUCCUCUCUACAGAGCGGUGCUCAUGAUUCCUACCACCACCCAGCAGAAGAAUCCUCUCGAGGACUUCCUCGCGCUCGCUCGCCAGCGCGGCAUCUUCUAGCCCUGCAUUUGCUUCUGCCCCGUGCAGUGGAAAGAGAUGCUUUCGACCUGCCGGGCAUACUAGUACUCUGUCACUAGUCAUCUUGCCUAACCGAAUCGCUCAACUAGUUUCAGUCACUUGCUGUUCUUCUGCUUUGCCCAUUUUAGUGUUCAGUUCAUUGCCUUCUGCCCACCUAAACACUGUAUUUCUAUGUCUCCUCCCUUGGUGUUGUUUUGCUCCCUAGUUGCAUUUCUAUGCUCUGCACACCUAAAUACUGCAUGAUCAUAUGGAAAUAACAUACACAACAAGAGGAAAUUGAUGUUUUGUUCU